UAUGUCUUGAAACUAUUUUUAAUGCGGAUGUAGCGCACUUAUAACAUUGCUGUCCAAAGCAUUUCCUGUCUAAAUCUGAGACAAUAUCCAGUGUUAUGUACAAAAUGUACACACUGUAACUUCAAAAUGGAUCAAGGAAGAUGACCGAAGAUAAUAAACAGAAUGAGGACUUCCUUGUGCAAGUGCAAGCACAAGUGAUGACGAGAGAUGAUUCUAGUGGUGGUUGGGUACCAAUGGGAGGUGGUGGACUUUCAAAUGUAGGACUAAGACGUUUGUCUCGUCCUAGCAACAACGGGGAGGAGACACCGCUAACUGAAUAUUUGAUAUAUGGAGAAAGAAUAGUAGAUAAAUCUGUUGUGCUAGAUUGUGUACUUAAAAGAGACAUGAAAUACUUUAGACCAAAUCCCAAAUUUCACCAUUGGAUAACAGAUGAUAAGCGAUUUGGAUUAACAUUUCAAAGAUCAGAUGAUGCCAAGGCCUUCAACAAAGGCAUAAAAAUUGCUGUAGCAGAUUUAACAGAUGGAAAUUCUAAUCUGUCAAAUCUAGAUGGUGACGAAGAAGUGUUUGCUGUAAGUACGAUUUUAGAUCUUCCCAUCCCUAGACGAGACUCAUCAUCACAAUCUGCAAGUACAACUUCAACAACUACUAGUAGUCCUACACCACAGUCACCCUCAUCUCUUGUGUCAGGAAUGCCUGAUCCAUUUACAUAUACACAUUCACAUGCUAAUCAUCAUCAUCUGCACAGAGUGCAUUAUAUCACUUCACCACAUCGUUCAUCCGCUAGAUCGCCACCUAGUGACAGUUCUAAAUCAGACAAUUUAGAAAAGGAUGAAAUAUAUAUUAAAUCAGAUGAACCGACUUCUGUGGGAUCUAAGUCAGAUCAAGGAUUGUUAGAAAACGAUAAUGUUGAGACGAAAGAAUAUUCAUAUGUAAUUAUUGCCAAAAAAGAUCAACAUGAAUAUAGUUAUCCCACUUUAGAAUCUGUGCAAAAACCUGUUUCUAAGAGAGAAGCAAUGCACAAGUGUCAGACUUCUUUACCGCAUCAACAUCCACCAUUGCCGAAGAAAAAGCAAAAAGACAAACAUCGUACACAUUUGUUACAGAAUCAGAAAUCUCGGUGCAAAUAUUGCCGGGAACUGUUUUCACAUGACGAUAAUGCUCGUGGAAGUUGUGAAGAUGCUCCAGAUGGAGUAGAAAAGUGCAUUGAAUAUGUGACUUGUGUAUGGUGUGCUAAAGGGAUAAUUUACCAUUGUAUGGCAGAUCCCGAUGGUGAUUAUGGACACCCAUGUGUAUGUGAUACAAGUGAUAGGACAAAUUGUAAAAAGUGGACUGCUUUAACUAUUCUUUCACUUUUUUUGCCGUGCUUAUGGUGCUACUGGCCAUGUAUGGCAUGCCACAAAUGUGGUGUGUCAUGUGGCUGCUGUGGAGGUCGGCACAAAGCCUCGUAGUAAAGACUUAAUGUUUUGACUUCUUCAGUCUUAAGGAUUAUGUUAGUUUUCUUUGGUUAAGAAUAGUAGAUCUAUUUUGUUGAAUCUCUUUUUAAUCUAACUAGAAAAUGUUUUGAUCUCAUGUUAUAAAUUUUCUUAAUUUUCUUAAUUCCAUCCAACCUUGUUUCCAACAUAAUUGAACAUAUGUUAGUGCAUGUAUAUUCUCAGUGAUAAAAAGUAAAAAUGAUUAUUUAGUGCAUUACAAAAACAACAGUGAUAGUCAUUUAAUUCUUAAAUUAAAAUGCAAUUAACUAAAUUUCUUUGAAUGAAAAAAACAAUGUUUCAAUUCCUUUAGAACAUCAAUUGUCAUAGCCAAAGUUAUCUUUUAAGCAAAAAAGAGCAGAAAGAAUUAUAAAAUAAGCUCAUAUUGAUUUCAGCUGUAGGUAUAUAUCCUUCUUAAAAUGUGAGUUAAAAUAUUCUAUAUUUUAUAUGGAGUGUAGGAUUAUUUUUUGCCAUUUUCCCUAGGUGCCUUAUCUUCACAAAUGUAUGGUUAAAAGGUAUAUUCCUUUAAUGUAUCAUACAUACAUGUUUUAACAAUUUAAAAUACAAUUGUGUCUUGCAAUAACAAAAUAGGUAUUUGAUUCAUUGUUUAAUAUUUUGACAAUAUUUUAAUUGACUACUCACAAAAACAAAUUGAUAGGUAUAGCCAUUUAUUGUUAUAAAAGUGCUGUAAAGUAUUGGUGCAUGAAAACUUAGUGCUUUCAUUUUAUCAUAUUGUAUAACAGAUAAAAUUUAAUGUUAAAGUAUUGUCCAUAACUUAAUUCACAGAUCUAGGAUGUUAAGGUUGAUAAAAGUAUCUACCUUUGAUUUGGCUGCAGUGUGGGUUUUCUUUUUAAGAGAUUACUGCUUGCUGCAACUGAAUCAAAGAAAAUUAUUGAAAUACUAAUUAUUUUUUCAAUCCUUCAAUUUUAUUACUGUUACGAUCCUAUAUAGAAACAGUAGCCAAAAUAUAAAGACCAGAAAAAAACAAACCCAAAUGACUGUCCAUCCCACUGGUCAAUCCCACUGGCAGUUACUUUAUAUUUCAAGUUUUUACAACAGCAAUAUUUAAAUCAAUUAAGACUGGCUGUAAGAUGGACAGACAUUAUUUUGGAAAAAAAACUUAAGUUUGCUGUCUCCUUUUAGUUAAUAAAGUUUAAUUUACCUUUCAUAAUGUACCACACUUUUUAUUUACCUUAUAUAAUAUACUACACUUGGUAGAGUAUCUAAGAAUAAUUAAAAAAUGAUGGAAUAUUUCAUCAACCAAAAUAAGGGGGUAAAAAAUCAAACUAUUCCUUUAUAUAAAGCAUUAAAAUGAUAAGAAAUUUCUGCAAUUAAAUAAAAAAACAGUUGGUCUUUUCACAAUUAAUCACAAUAAAUAAAUGACAUAAAAGAAGUUUUUCUGGUAAUAUAUUUUAUUAAAUUGAUUGCAGAAUACUGUGAAGAUUAAGUUUAUUGUUAUUUUUCGAUGAGUGGGAUUGAGGAUUUUUAUUUGUUACCAGACUUAUGCAAUUGUCUGUGGGUAUAUAACAUAAUCCGUAAGACUGAUGAUAUUUUUAACUGUGAAUGUACGUUUUUAGCACUAUUGUUGUAUGUGCUCCAGUUUAAUAUGCACCUAUUGUUUUAAUCUUAUACUAUGCUCGCCUUUUAUACAGUACAUUUAUAAAAUAAGGGUUUCAUUUGUUAAUGUUUCUUUAUGUUUCUGUUAAGUUGUUAAGCUUUCUUUUUAAUGGUGCUACUGUUUUUCUUUUCUUGUUUCAAGACUGAAUUACUUAUGUAAGAAUUUAUAUCUUUGAUGCUAUGUGAAAACAUUUUGUUUGUCUUUAUAAAUAUCUCUUUUGAUCAGAAGCUAAAUAUUGAAAUACAAUGUUUAAAAAUAUGCAUGAUUAAAUAAAUUAGAAGCUGCGUACAUGUAAGGACUGCUACAAUUUGCACACCACUUGUGGUUAGAUUAUAAAACUGAACUGCUAAAUGUAUUUUAUCUUUGUCAUUCAAUUCAUAUACAGGUCCAAAUAGGUUUUAUCAUAAGGAUCAAAGAAAAAGAGAAACUUCUGUUAUUGAUAACUUACAGAAGAAAAUAGUAUUUAUACAGUGAUAAUUAAGAUUACCUAUGGUUUUGAAAAUAAGAGGGAGUUUCUCUGCUACAAUCUCAUUGAAGGGCAAGGGUGAUAGCCCUGAAAUGAGAUGUAGCCAAGAAACUUCCUCUAGCUUGAAAGAACAUAGAUAAUCUGUAUAUCUGUAUUUUCCUAGGUAACAUAAAUGAUGUCAUCACAAUCUCACUAUGCUCAACUGAGAUAAACUUAUCUCAGUCAAGUAGCUUGAGAUAGAAAAUUAUCACACAGAAAGAUCAAAGGAAAAAAAAUAGCAAUAAAACAUAUUAUCUUGAUCAUUUAGAGUAUUUCAUUGUGUGUAAUCCAGAUUCUGAUUGGUCACUCUUCAGUCAUUCAUGUAUAAAAAAAAUACUUUAAAAUACUAAAAUAACAUAAAUGUGCAAAACAAAACUGAUUUUUUUGAAUAAUUAUAAUGUUUAUGAAAAGUUUAUCAGGCUACCUCAAUAGCAGUACUGUUGCACAACUUCUGUUGGGCUUACUUACUAGAUAUACAGAAUUUUCACUGCCUAAUAAUUUGAUAUCAGCUGCCUUUCAUACAUUUAUUUUAGACUGUUAAUUGUUAACAGGAUUAUUUUGGUAUAAAUUCGAGACAAUAUCAUUCAUAAAUUUCAGUCAGUACUUGUUGUAUAAAUUUCUAUGUGAUAUUUUAUUGAUUCAGUCUGGAUAAGCCAUGUGCACAAAUAUAAACUCUUGAUAACUAAUAUUUUUUCAAUUAAAGAAAAAAAAAAUUGUUUUAUAAAGUACUUCAAUACUUGAAAACAUUACUUAAAUAUGAUCUACAUUGUGUAAAUUGAUAUUUAUUGAUCAAGGCUUUUAAAUUGAUAAACAAAUGUAGUAGCAACUUUUGCACAUGAAGCAACUUACAACUUUCAUUUUUACUGCUGUCACACAUAGUCAUGAUCUCAAAAUUAUGAAAUAUCUCUGAUGUAGUUUCAUGCAACAUAUUAAAAAAAGUUUAGAUGAAAAAAUUUAUGUUCUGGUUGUCUGAAUAUGUGUAACAUGUGUAUUAGUAAAUAUCUUUCAAAGAAGAAUAACCACUGAUAUAUUAAUGAAUAUAUUAUCUUUUAUAAACAUGUUUUCUAAGUAAUUUCUCAAACAUUUCGUCACACUAUUUUUCGAUGCCCUUACUUUUCCUGUUUGAUUGUAAAGUCAACAUGUUUAUUACUGGCAUUUUUAUCAAAAUGUUAAAAGCUCUGAUGAAUUAAACAUCUUGAGAUGCUGUUGAAAUAACAUGUAGAAAUUAUAUAAGAAAAUUGAAAUUUGUCUUGUACAUAUGUAGAAGGUAAAGAUGCAAUACAUUUGAGCAGGAAUUUUAAUGCAGUAAUUCAAUGUUGUUGUUUUUUUGUCAGAAACACCUAUUGAUUUGAAAGAGCAGUACUAACAGGAUAUUGUAUAGUUUGGUUUAGAUGCAAGUAGUUGUCUAAAAAUCUUUUAUUACCAGUUCGAUUCAUCAAAUCUUUUUCUCCUUUCUUCUUAUUAAAUUGAUUUUUUAUUAUGGCAUUUACUAAUUAGCAGUCAUGACUUACAUUAUGUGAAAUGGCAAACCCAGCAGAUGUGACAUGUGUAUUGAUAAAAGGGAGUGAACUCUUGUUUUACAUAUAACAUUUACCCAUGUGUUCAUUAAUUUGUUUAUUUUGUUUUGUUCGCUCAUUUUGCAAUUUUAUUUGUCAUUUUAGCUUUUUCAGAAUACUUUUUGACCUUAUUCAUUUCUACAAAUUUGGAAGUAAGGAUCAAACUCAGGGAGAAAUCAUUUUAUUUUGCUUUUAUUAAUGCAGUAUAAAGUCAUCAUGUAAAAUUUCAUCAACUGAUUUCAAAUGAAAUAUAUUUAGUAUAGCUGUACAAUCUCUAUUUUUUUUUUUAUUUUUUUUUUUUUUUCUAAUUUUGGGGUACAAUUUUUCCAUUUGAUAGAAAAUAAUUAUAUUAACCUAUAGUAGAUACUUCUAGAAAAAUGCACUUAAAUCAUUUAAUACUGUAUAUAAUCUUUAUUACAUUUAAAUGUAAUGUUUUCAAAUAGAAAUUAUCCCCCAAAAUCUAAUUGAUUUUUACUAUAAGUUUGGUUUUGCUGAAAAUUUAUACAAAAGUUUCUCAUUUAAUUGCCUAAAAUGGAAUGGAGAACUGGGUAUUGAAAGAGUUUGUUUUUAGUUAAUUAAAUAGAUGUGUCUUAUCUGUAGUAGAUCCUGGCAUGUCAGAUGUGUUGUGGUUCCUUCCUUUUAUCACUGCAUUUUGGUCUGUUUACCUGAAUUUAUUUGGAAUAAAACACAAAUUGUAUGUGCUUAUUCAAUUAUUUAAAAUUUAAACACUUAAAUUUUUCUUCUUUCAGAGUUUCAUGUUAUAUUAUAUCCAGGGACAAGUUUAAAUUAGCAGUCUGAAAUUCAUUUAAUAUCUUGAUUUAAACAGUAACACUGAAGAAAUGUUGGCAGUAAUUUGUACUUAUUAUGAAUAAGUUAAAAUUCUGGAAUUAUGUUGCUUUUAUAAGAAUAUUUUUAAGUUACAAAUUAAAAUUCAUGAAUGAAAUCGAUUUUGAUCUCACAAUUGAUAAAAGGAUUAUUUAUAUAGAUUCUAAAAACAAUAUUUUAAAAGAUUAUUAAAUGAAAAGUUCAUAUUUUCCUUUUAAUUUAUGAAUGAAAUGAAUUUAAAUUAAGAUUAUUUAUUCCGAUUCUUAUAAACAAUACUGGCAAGUCAUUUAAGACCUUUAUCAACUUUUAUACAAUUAAUUGAAGUGUGUUUCAAUGUUAGUUACCAUGACACGGUGUUCUAUUUAGUACGUAGAAUUAAUUUAUUUUUAUUAAAAGGUUGUAGUUUAAGCUGCAGGAAGCAGUUCUAUUUUCCUACAGUAAGCUUUCAGUAUUUUUAAAGCAAUUUGUUGAUGUUUAUUAUCUUUAAGAUUUUGUGAUCAUGAUUUUAUUAUUAAGUGGAAAGCAGGAGAACAGAUAGAGCUUCUAGGCUUACAGUUUUAUGUCAUGCAUUUAUUUUAUUUUACUUUUUUUUUUCAUUUUAAUUGUUUUAUUACAAGUUAUUAAAAAGUGUUCUUAUUAACAUAUUUGUUAAAUGAUGAAAGUGUGUAUGACUGUGAAUGAAUGCUGAAUACCACCAGAGAAAUGCAAAUAUUUCCACCAUUGUUGUAUUUGUGAGUUUCUUAAGGGUAUAUUGUGAUUGUGAUGCUAACAUAGUCAACAUCAGUAGCUUUUUUACUUUUUAAUUGUCAAUUUUUACUAAAGGGAGAUAAUAACAAAAUCAUUGUGGCCUGAACCAAAAGAUAAAUAUGUCCGAACUUACUGUAUGAGAGCGAGAGAAAAACAAAACAAGAGAUUGGACUGUAAUUUUUAAACAAUAUGUCAGAUCUCUCUAAAGUGGUAACAAACAAAAUAUACUCUGUAGCAUUGAAGUUGAUGAAGUUCUGUGUAGGAUUUAUAAGCUUCUGUCAGUUAUUUAGUAAACUUCAGAAUGUUUUAUUAUUCAAAAUCUUAAAAUAUUCAAUAACAAGGAAUAUUUUUUGUAACUGCUGUAAAAGACAUUGUGUAUUAAAUACUAUUGUAAACAUACAAUAACAUUUGAGGAAACAUACUACAUGACAUUUUGAUGUGAUUGCUAUAGAUCAUGUGUUCUAUGGUAUAAAAGAAAGUUGUUACCACUUUUGAAUGAGAUUGACAUACAUACAUGUAGUUCAUAAACUUUUGCAUUUCAUUGUUAAUUUCAUAUCAUAUGGUCCAAUCUCUUGUUGUUAAAUGAUUUUGUUCAAAAUUAAUUGUAUUUCAACUUUUGACCUUUUAACUUGUUGCAGGCAGCUGUUUACAAGGAAACAAUAAUGAUUACUAAAUUAGUUCUAAAACUAUAUAGAAUACUUGAAGAUAGUAUAAGCAGUAUGAUUUACCCUCAACAGAAUCAAGUUUAAAUGUGGAAAGCUUGCAAUUUUAAAGUGUUCUUCACUGUACUUCUAUAUCAAUCUGGUACAUAGUAAAAUACAUCUGUAUUUUAUUAUUUAAUAUAAUAAAAAAUAAUCAUGACAUAAGACUUACAA